AUGGUAAUGCGUCGAUGUAGUUACAACGUGCACCCUACUUGGUACAUGAUGCCACUACGUGCUUAUCACAUGCCAGGAUGGAAAACUAAGGUGAGUACAAAGGAUGUACGCACGCGAGAGCAACGCGAGGCAGAUCGUAAGGUGCGGCAGAUCGAGAAACUUCCGCGGCCACAAGCGUUACACGACUUCCAGUAUCCUUAUGAGAAAACUGUGCUUAGUGACACAAUGUUCCAGUACCCGGUGUACGAAAAUGAACUGGAUACUCCGCAUCUCUUCAACAUCACUGAACCACCAGAUUUCUUUGUGUAUUGGAAUGUGUCGGACUUUGAACGCACAUCAUACCCUCCACUCCCGGAAGAGGACCACCGCUUGUUACUGCCGCUUUCAGGGUCUGCUCCGUGGAAGCAGCAUCGCAAGCGCUCACUGAAGUACCUUCGCAAGCAUGAAAUUUUGCCCAACUAUCUGCCGCAUGUGCGACAGGAUGUGAACCUUUCCGUAGUCUUUCCAGGAGUUUAUGCGACGAGAGCGCGACUGUGUGAAGAAACGGGGGAACCACUACCCCCACCACCACCUGUGUCUAGGAUGACGCAUCGCAACUUUUGGAUGACGGCGCACUGCGGCAACUACAUCGAACUGGCAGAUCUUCAACAUCCACCAUCCAUCUUUUUUCUUGAUACGGUGUCAGCGACUGGACAAGGAAAAGCAGUGGAAAAAGACGCAACUGAGGAGGGUAGUGAUGAGGUAUGGUACACCCUAAUAAUCGCCUCACCUGACUAUCCGUUCCGCGUGCCUGCAAGUGUUGACGCGUCGACCCAAAGAGGUUUUUUCCUCAACUAUAUGAUGUCAAAUCUUAAAGGGGGUGGAAACUUCACUGUGCUUGAGGAAUAUGAAAGUAAGCAGCGGCAGAACAAUCAAAAGAGACAGCACUUGGAAGAACUUGUGCGCAACCCAGCACCUAUCGCGAAGGAAGGCGAUGUUAUCGUAUCGUACACUCCACCGCUACCAACAGAGGAUGCGGGGACCACCCGGCACAUUUGUAUGCUCUUUAAGCAAAGAAGUUAUGUAUCUGGUGCGUCAUGCGCGUUGGAUGACAGUAAGGCGAGCUUUGCCGCAAGAGCAAACUUCAGACUUCAUGCUCAACACCGUGAUGGGAUACCCUCAUCGUCGGUGGAGAUGCUCUCGCGGAUUGAACAGGUUUUGCCGCCUGAUCCAAGUGCCGUUACGUUUUUUCAAACGAAGUGGGACAUUCAAGUACAGGAGUUUUACGAAUCGCGCGGGAUGUUGGAACCCGCAGCUCCUUUGGACGAGGAAAUCGAAGCGAUUCUUGCCUAUCAUGCACGAAAGCCUUCAGAACUUCGUGUUCGGGCACGGCACCGUCCCGAUGGUUCGACAAAUGUUGGUGACGAUCCAAUUUUUUGGGCUCAAGCAGAGCCAACAAGGAUGAUGGAUGGCUCUAUGCUGAGUUUAUGGUCCAGACGGACGACACUAGGAGCAAACGGUGUUCCCAUAACGUACAGACGGUAG